AUGAGUGAGAAAGCAAAUGUAUCGUCAUCGUUUCGUCAAGUCACUGGAAUUAUACUCGGUUGUGGUAGUCGCGGCACAGUUUAUUCAUCUUAUGCAAAUUUUUAUCCAGAACGUUUCAAUAUUGUUGCAAUAGCUGAUAACCGUUUAGCAGCUCGUAAAAAAUUACAAAAACGAUUUAAUCUUGAUGAUAAACAUGUCUAUGACAAUUGGCAACAUGUGGCAGCAUUAGAAAACAAAAUAGCCGAUUGUGUGCUUAUUGCCUUACCUGAUAUCGAACAUUAUGAAGCAACUAUUGCAUUCGCAUCAAAAGGUUAUCAUAUACUCUUAGAAAAACCCAUGGCUACAUCGUUAGAACAUUGUAUACGUAUAGUCGAACUUUGUGAAGAAAAGAACCUAAUAUUAGUUGUAUGUCAUGUAUUAAGAUAUUUGCCAGUUGUUAAAAAAAUAAAACAACUUUUGAACAACAAUAUAAUUGGUUAUUUUCAUUUUGCACAUUCUUUUGUAAGAGGAAAUUGGCAUAAUACUAAGCAAAGUACAUUUUCAUUAUUGGCAAAAUGUUGUCAUGAUUUGGAUUUAAUUCAGUAUUGGUUUCAACCGUCAAAAUGUGUACAAGUAUCAAGUUUUGGUAAAUUGAUGCAUUUCAAAAAAGAAAAUAAACCGGUGGGUGCUGGUGAUCGUUGUUUACAUUGUUCAGUCGAAGAUAAAUGUCCCUAUUCAGCAAAAAAAAUAUAUCUCGAUUCAAUGACAGUUGGAUGGCCUGUAUCAGCUAUUUGUGAUAUUGAAGAUAAUGAUAAGUACAAUACAGUUAGAACAAAAGUAAUAAAUGCGUUAGAAAAUGGAAAUUAUGGAAAGUGUGUCUAUGGGAAUUGCAACAAUGAUGUCGUCGAUCAACAAGUUGUAUUGAUGAACUUUGAUGAUGGUGGAACAGCAACAUUGUCCAUGGUUGCAUUUACACAAGAAAUAUGUGUUAGAACGACAAGAUUAUUCGGAACGAUGGGAGAAUUAAAAUGGGAAGGUCGAAACAAAAUCAUUCAUGACGAUUUUUUGACUGGAGAUCGCACCGUAUAUGACGAAGAAGAAAACAUGAAUGACGCAGGAAUAAUGUCGGGACAUGGAGGAGCUGAUUACUAUGCAAUGGAUUCAUUUAUUAAAGCCGUUGCAUGCAAUGAUCGAUCACUCGUUGGUACAGGACCCCAAGAGUCUCUUAGAAGUCAUGUGAUUGCGUUUGCCGCUGAGACAGCUCGAUUGGAAAAUAGAAUUUGUUCAAUUAGUGAAUUUAUUUGA